UCGUGAGGGAGCUGCAGGGGAGCUGGCACCAAGACUAUUCAAGAGAAGGCUGGGACACGGGGUCAAACAUGGGGGGACUGCACAUGCGCAGUGUAACUUGAGCUGCGAUGCUGGAGGGUGACAGCAGGGGCGCUAGAUAACAAGCGCAGGAUCCGCUCAGGAGAUCAAGGAGUGCGCUUGGUGCGGUCUGCUUGGACUUUUGGACGGUGGCUGCCUGAAGUUGUCGGAAUCGCAUCUCUGUCAUUCUCACUCUCAACGCAGUCCAAUAAUAAGCUGUGAAAAUUACAUGCAUGCACAUAUCCCAGAACCAACAACAUGGAGCCAGAUCAAAUAGCUCUUGUUUUGCUGUGUGAUGUUUCCAGCACAAAGCUCUUCCUCAGACUUUAAGUUCAUUUGUUAUUUGUGUGGUGACUGUUUGUGUGUGAAAACGCAAAAUAAAUCAUUUUUGUCCUGCAAUUGUUCCUGUGUUUUGUGGUGUGUGACAUCAAGACAAUAAUGAAACUGAGAAUAUUUGAAUACUGGAAUAUGUCAAAAUGUGUCAAUAAGCUCUUUUUUCGGUAUCAUUUUAAUUUGUUUUUCUUCCUUAAUAAAGUAGCUAACCUUAACUAAUGCCUCUGGUAAAGAACUAGGGCUGCUGUCAUUGGUUUUGAUAAUCCUGAGAAUCAUCCUUCAGUGUUACACUAGAUAUUAUCACAAUAUAUUUUGCUGUUAAGCCAGAGCACAGACUAUCAGUUUUGCUAUAAUAGUUCAAUUAUAUUGCAAAAACAAACAUUAUCAAAUCAUUCAUAAAUUCCCAAAUGUAACAAAAAAUACAAAUUGACCAUGAAACAAACAUCCCCCUUAUUCCGCGGUCUCACGCCAUCUACUGAGCCUUUGAGGAAGUGCAGACCAGAUUUUACUGCGCAUGUGCAAUCCCCCCAUGUUUGACCCCGUGUCCCAGCCUUCUCUUGAAUAGUCUUGGCUGGCACCAAGCGGGAGCAGCAACACCACAGGGCUAGCCAAAGUAGCCUAGCUUCUUAGCCUCGUAGCUUCUUAGCCUCGUAGCUUGUUAGCCUCGUAGCUUCUUAGCCUCGUAGCUUGUUAGCCUUAGCUAACUUAGCAGCGCCGAGCGAGGUGUGCGUGUUUAAACAACCAGGCUUCCUUCGGCCCGACUCUUUGCCCAUUUUUGAUUGUCCGGGAGUUGGGCGGAGUCAGGCACUGCCAAGAUGGCGACGUCCAGAGCGGAGUAGUUUGAGCUUCAAAUCCACUCUUCAGAAACGGAUGGGUGACGUCACGGUGACUACGUCCAUUAUUUUAUACAGUCUAUGGUCCACACAUUUCCUUGUUCCCUCCCCUUCAGAUCUACAGUGUGUAACCGACACUGUGGUGACGUGAGAGAGCUGACAGACUCCAUUCACUGCAUGUUGGUUAGAUCAGAGCUCAAACUAGUUGUUGACACUGAGAGGUGAAAUGGCGCAGAAAGGAGUUGAGCUGGACCAAGAAAGCUUCUCUUGUUCCAUCUGUCUGGAUCUACUGAAGGAUCCGGGGACUCUUCACUGUGGACACAGCUACUGCAUCAACUGUAUUCAAAGCUUCUGGGAUGGAGAGGAUGAGAAGAGAAUCUACAGCUGCCCUCAGUGUAGGCAGGGCUUCACACCGAGGCCUGUCCUGAUGAAAAACAUCAUGUUAGCAGAUUUGGUGGAGAAACUGAAGAAGACUGGACUCCAAGCUGCUCCUGCUGAUCACUGCUAUGCUGGAGCUGAAGAUGUGGACCAACAUAAAGGCCACGACACAAUGUCAGCUGCAGCAGAAAGGACUGAGAGGCAGAGAGAGCUGGAGGGGAGUCGACAAAACAUCCAGCAGAGAAUCCAGGACACAGAGAAAGAUGUGAAGCUGCUCCAACAGGAGGUGGAGGCUAUCAGUCGCUCUGCUGAUAAAGCAGUGGAGCACAGUGAGAAGAUCUUCUGUUCCAUCUGUCUGGAUCUACUGAAGGAUCCGGGGACUCUUCACUGUGGACACAGCUACUGCAUCAACUGUAUUCAAAGCUUCUGGGAUGGAGAGGAUGAGAAGAGAAUCUACAGCUGCCCUCAGUGUAGGCAGGGCUUCACACCGAGGCCUGUCCUGAUGAAAAACACCAUGUUAGCAGUUUUAGUGGAGAAAGUGAAGAAGACUGGACUCCAAGCUGCUCCUGCUGAUCACUGCUAUGCUGGAGCUGAAGAUGUGGACCAACAUAAAGGCCACGACACAGUGUCAGCUGCAGCAGAAAGGACAGGAGUCAGAGAUAAACUACAGGACGCUCUGAGGGACACAUGGACAAACGUCUCACUGACAGUGACUGAAGUGGAUGUUUUACUGCCACAACCAGAGCCCAAGACCAGAGCUGAGUUCUUCAGAUAUUCACGUCACAUCACACUGGAUCCAAACACAGUCAGCACAUGGCUGUUAUUAUCUGAGGGGAACAGGAAAGUAACCGUAACUGAAGAAGAACAGUCUUAUUCUGAUCACCCAGACAGAUUCAUUCCAGUUUGUCAGGUCCUGAGUAGAGAGAGUCUGUCUGGACGUUGUUACUGGGAGGUGGAGUGGAGGAGGACAGGAGCUUGUUUAGCAGUCACAUACAAGAAUAUCAGCAGAGCAGGGGUCUUGGAUGAAUGUAGAUUUGGACACAAUGACAAAUCUUGGGCGUUAUAUUGUGACCCGAUCAGUUAUAUAUUUCAGCACAACAAAGUCCAAACUCCCGUCUCAGGUCCUCAGUCCUCCAGAGUAGGAGUGCACCUGGAUCACAGUGCAGGUAUUCUGUCCUUCUACAGCGUCUCUGAAACCAUGACUCUCCUCCACAGAGUCCAGACCACAUUCACUCAGCCUCUCUAUGCUGGACUUUGGCCUUAUGCUUAUGGAGACACAGCUGAGUUGUGUGAAGUAAAAUUGACGGAAGUCAUUUAAGGGUUAAAGUCUGCGUUUUAACUCUUGAACUUAAAUAAUAGCCAGAGUUUGAACAGGAAGUGAGUGCCGUACUCAGUACAUUUACAUGACAUAAGAGAAAAUGGAUUUAUUGUGUCAGUCCGACUGAAACUGUGCUAAAUCUAAUUUCUCAAAGUCAGACUAAAACACCCAUAUCUCCACCUAUCGUAGAGGAGUCGGACAUACUUGGGUCAAUAAAUCAAGUCCCCUCUGGUGCUGGUAUACUAGGACAAGGACACUAGUCCAAAUAAUGGCCUAGCCGAGCUGUAACUGUCGCUGGACUUUACUGUGCAUGUGAACAUACUGACUGUUUCCUGCAAGCUGAAAACAGAGGCUGAAACAACUGAGCUGAAACGUUAAAACGAAGCAGCACUGAUCAAAUAUAAACCAAGAGUCUCUGUCAAACAGACCUCACUGACGGUCCAGUGUUAUGUAUACUGGGCAUCCUACCAAUGGAGACUAACCUGUCCUCAAAAGUAUGUGCCUGGGUGAAACUAGCCCUCGUCACAGAGAACAGGACAGUGCUGAGACACUGGAAGUCUGUUAAUGUGCCAAAGGAUAUCUCUGGGUCCAGUCCUCGCUCUGUGUGCAUUAAUGUGUUGAUGCUAAGUGGAAGAACACAGCACACAAUAUGAUGUGGUAUAAAUGUUACAUGACAGCCUGUGUUACUCAGUGCCAAGAAGAAUGUGCACGUCCUUUUCUUUUUCCUUGUUAUUUUUUCUUUUAAGUUUGAAUGCCGUUUGUACACGUGUAAUGUUCUGACUGUCCUGAUGCUGACAAAGCAAUAAAGAGUUCAAUCAUAAA